AUGUCUGGUGUCAUCUCUCAAAAGAUUGCACGCACUUGUGACUCUUGCAAGGUCCGCAAAGUCCGCUGCAUCAGGUCUAAGGGUGAGAAUUCAGCACCAUGUGAUAACUGCACGGCCCGAAAUAUACUAUGCCACUUCAGCUACUUGAAGCAGCCCCGGAAACGAAAACUAGAUCCUGAUGCUGGAUUAAAUGGGGAGCCUCACAGGCCAUCUAUAUUACCAAAAAUAAAUGAGGCACCUUCGAUAAGACUCUCGCAAACGCCCUGCGAGCCUGCGGCAUCCCAACUGGGAACGAGCCUGCCCUCAAUCUCAAAUCCAAAUAAUGGUCAAGAUCAGCCUUUACCCCAGCUUUAUAUUGAUCUCCUUCUGUCGGAUCGUCGGGCACCUGCGGCUCAUGGGAAUGAUACGUCUUCGACCAAGCUUACGGAAAUGUUUGGGCACAGCUCAAACGUAUCCUUGUUCUCCAAUAGCAGAAUCCGGUCAUUGAAUAGUCGGCUCGGACAUACAAAGUUGAAUCAACUGAUGCAACUAAUUGACUCAGUUCUAAGCUCUAGGCUGAACAAAAGUCCCAGUCAAAUGACUCAACUGUACAAUUUGCGGCAACGAAACAAGGCUCCGCCAGCUAUACCAUGCACUCUUACAGCUUCUUAUAUCCGAUCAUUUUUUGAGCAGGUCCAUCCGGUAUAUCCCUUCCUCGAUCGACGACUCUUCGAGAAGAGAGCGCUUGAGCCAUCAUCACAAUCGUUGGCCAGGGUAGAUGAAGUUUGGUUGGCAUUGUAUUAUACCGUUCUAGCCAUUGGCUGUCAAUACAAUGACGGUGGAAGUUUCGACCGUGCCUGUGGGCCGGCGUGGAAGCUCUUUGAAAUGGGACUGUCAUAUUUUCCGGACAUUAUAAUGAUGAAAGGGUCAUUGGUCGCGGUGCAGGGAUUGACUGCAAUGGCUAUAUUUUCGGCGAAUAUAUCUGCAUACCAAUUCGAAUCGCUACUGGUUGUGGAAGCGGCUAAAAUGUGUCAGAGUUUGGGUUAUAAUAAAACUACAAGUAAUAUCCCAAAUGCUAAUGAGAAUGAACGGCGCCGUACCUUUUGGGUGGUUUACUGUCUUGAAAAGACAUCUUGCUUUAUCACAGGGAGGACUUCAAUCAUCAUGGACUCGGAUAUCGGCUGCCCAAUUCCGUAUGUUCCUGAAUCGACAUUUGGAGAUUAUGACUGGUUUCUCUCGCUGGCUCGAUAUUCUCGAUUGGUGUCUCGAAUCUGCAGUAGCUUGUUCAGCGUCAGUUCUGGAGAGAAUACAACAGGCAGCACCUAUCACGGUUCAAUUCAUCAAUUGAUCAAUGAGCUGGAGGCCUGGAAACUGUCAAUCCCAGAAAAAUAUCGGCCCGGCGAGCGGUUUUCUGGGCGUGGUCUGCCGGGAACAUUGGAAAUAUCCAUUGCUGUCAAUACGCAGUAUCUGUAUUUCAAUGCGCUCCUCACGCUUCUACGGAUUUCACUAUACGCUGGAGCCGGCAAUGUGGCUCCGGCUCCGGACCAGCAAGAGACCAAGAAGAAGUUGAUGAGGACGGCAUGUUUAAUAUUGGAUCUGACAAAGUACAUCGAAGUAGAGGCUUAUACUUCUCUAUGGGUUCUAGCUUUGAUGCCCAUGUCCGCUUUAUUUAUCCUCUUCGAUCUUGUCGUCCACAAUCCAACACACCCUGAGACUAAUAACAAUUUGGCGCUCCUGGAUGUUGCGAGUGGUCAUUUUGGUCGUCUCGAGUACAUCAGUGGCGGCAUUCUACCGGGCUCACUGGUGUCUGAAUUUGCCCAUAUCGCACGGGAGUAUGUGCGUGAUGUGCAACGAGGAGUUAUCAAUCGAAAUGAUAAUAGCACACAGAGCAAUAACAUGACUGCCUCAUCAUCUGUUCCGUUGGACAAUACCAACGCAGUAAUGUUGAAUGAACACUCAUCCGAACCGAACAUGCCUCCGAUAUCAUCAUCAUCAUCAUCAUCAUCAUCAUCCCAAGGUCAAAACCCCUCAUCUCCUAGUCACCGACCGGGUGUUUCUCGGUCCAAAACCACGGCCAAAUUUCAACCGUCAAUGUCUCUCGGCCGAUCUCCAGAGCAACAAAAACAGCGGUUGCAAGCUCAACAGGCACCAGUAACUUGUCCAGCGACACAGAGCCCGUUGGCCACGCAGCAUGAGCCAGUUCGCACUGAUCUCAGCACGGAAUCGAUAUUUUUUCCUCUUGUGGACGACCCAACCUAUCUGUUGUCCGGGAACGAAGAGGAAAUGCAGCAACUGUUCGGUAUUGAUGUGAUGGAUCUUUUUGAUUUUACAAACACAUCGGCUGGUGGAUUUGAUAGGCCAUGUAUCGGAUAG